CGCUCGGUCUCCGCUGGGCAGGUCGAGCCCGGCCUGGGGUCCGCGGCCGGUCGGAGACAUGGAGCGCGGCCACCGCCUCCUGCUGGAGAACGCGCGUCAGGCGGUGCUGGUGAGCGCGCGCGGUGAGCGCUUCCUGGCCCGGGGCGCGGCGCGGGGGCUCGCGGUGCUCCAGGACGCCAGCCUCGUGGUGGGCGCGGAUGGGUUUAUAAAAGCGAUUGGCCCUGCUGAUGUGAUCCAAAAAGAGUUUUCUGGAGAAACUUUCGAAGAAAGAAUUGACUGCUCUGGAAAAUGUAUCCUACCAGGUCUGGUGGAUGCACACACACAUCCCGUGUGGGCUGGAGAAAGAGUCCACGAGUUUGCGAUGAAGUUGGCAGGCGCCUCCUACAUGGACAUCCACCAGGCUGGAGGGGGGAUCAACUUCACGGUGGAGCGCACCGGCCAGGCCUCUGAGGAGGAGCUGUUCUGCUCCCUGCAGCAGCGGCUUCGGUGCAUGCUGAGCGCCGGCACCACGCUGGUGGAGUGCAAGAGUGGCUAUGGCCUCGCCCUGGAUGCGGAGCUCAAGAUGCUGCACGUGAUUGAGCGGGCGCGGCGGGAGCUGCCCGUGGGCAUCUCAGCCACUUACUGCGGGGCGCACUCAGUGCCCAGAGGAAAAACUGCCCUGGAAGCUGCUGAUGACAUCGUCAAUAAUCACCUCCCAAAGCUGAAGGAACUUGGCAGAAAUGGGGAAAUACACGUUGACAAUAUAGACGUGUUCUGUGAGGAGGGUGUCUUUGAUCUGGAUUCCACCAGAAGGAUUCUCCAAAGCGGAAGAGAGAUGGGGUUGCAGAUUAACUUCCACGGAGAUGAGCUGCAUCCCAUGAAGGCUGCUGAGCUCGGGGCGGAGCUGGGAGCCCGGGCAGUGAGCCACCUGGAGGAGGUGAGUGAUGAAGGCAUCGCUGCCAUGGCAACGGCAGGGUGCUCUGCCGUCCUGCUGCCCACCACGGCCUACAUGCUGAGACUGAAGCAGCCGAGAGCCAGGAGGAUGUUAGAUGAAGGGGUAAUAGUUGCUCUGGGCAGCGAUUUCAACCCUAAUGCAUACUGCUUUUCAAUGCCAGUGGUCAUGCAUCUGGCCUGUGUGAACAUGAGGAUGUCCAUGCCCGAGGCCUUGGCUGCUGCCACCAUCAAUGCAGCUUACGCGCUGGGGAAAUCCCACACACAUGGAUCUUUGGAAGUUGGCAAACAGGGGGAUUUCAUUAUCAUCAAUGCAUCCAGAUGGGAGCAUCUGAUUUACCAGUUUGGAGGCCAUCAUGAAUUAAUUGAAUAUGUUAUAGUUAAAGGGAAAGUUGUCUAUAAAAAGUGAUAGAAUUGGAAGAAAAGAGAAGAUAAUUAUACUGUAUCUAAUAAAUCAGUACAGCUAUACAUCUUAUUAGUUUUAGAUAAGUUAAAAUUCAGUUAUCUUGUUAAUUCACUUAACAAAACUUGGGGUUGAUUUAUUUGAAUUGAACAUGUGCACAGGAACAUAUAAACAAGUAAAUCACUACUGUCGAAUCAUUAAAUUGUUUCACAAAGAUUGCUUGUGAAUGUUCUGAAGAUGAAUACGAUGGAAUAUCACAAAACUGCCUUUGUGGGAACCAAACCUAGCUUGAAAUUUCCGUUUUGUUUUCACAUCUCAUUUCUCAACUUUUAAGCUAUAUUUAGUGACCAUUGGGGAAUGGAAGGAAAUCUAGAUGAUAUGCCCCAAAUUAAGCAAACUGUACCUUUUUCUAGUAAGCAGAUAGUAUUUUCUUUCCGCACACAGUUUGUCUUUCAAGAUGUUUUUCAAAUGAAUUAAUGUGUAUGGUAUAUGUGGGGAGUGUCCUUCCACUUCUAAUGGCUUUUCAUCCCUAGCAAUGAAACUUCACGGCAGAACUGAAGACUUGUCGUUUUACACAGAGGUGCAGGAGCUUUUCUGUAGUAGAUGCAUUUUAAUCAACUCAUAAUAUGUAAUUUUUUGAAAUCGCUUUAAUGUUUUUGAUUCUUCACAUCACAUUGUAUAAGAAACAUAUUACAGAUCUCAAUAAAUAUUUGCUAUUA